UCGAUGAAGAUUAUUGUUCUUUUUAAGGAUACCUUAGCUUCCUCCCGCCGCCUCUCCUUUGAGCUUUCCUGCUAGAGACCGUGAACAGAGUCAGGGAUGUGAGGAGAGGGGAAAAAACGCCAGGAGCUCCAGCCAGCCGGGGAGACCCUCCUCUCCGUGGAGGGGAGGGGGAUUUCCAGCGACAGAUCAUUGGCGAAGGGGACCGUCGCAGGGAGAGGAGCCCCGGAGGGAGCGGGGAAUCCCACAACCCUUUGUGGUGCCCGAGCCCGUGCCGCCUGCUGAGCGGGGUCUGUGGGAGCUAGUUGUGUUGGUGGAAAUGCCUGCCUCAGAAGGCUAUCACUUCAGCUGACACUCCCACAGCUCAUUCUUUUGAGGAGCCUGGCUCUGUGGCUUUGUCCAGUUCAAAAUGGCAGAAAAGGUCCCCCCUGGCUUAAACAGGAAGACUUCAAGAUCAACACUGUCCCUUCCACCAGAACCUGUGGACAUCAUUAGGAGCAAGACAUGCUCGCGGAGGGUUAAAAUCAACGUGGGGGGCCUCAACCACGAAGUUCUGUGGAGAACGUUGGACCGGCUGCCCCGGACGCGCUUGGGGAAGCUCCGGGACUGCAACACGCACGAGAGCCUCCUGGAGGUGUGUGAUGACUACAACCUCAGCGAGAACGAGUAUUUCUUUGACCGGCACCCGGGGGCCUUCACUUCCAUUUUAAACUUCUACCGGACGGGCAAACUCCAUAUGAUGGAAGAAAUGUGCGCGCUCUCAUUUGGCCAAGAGCUUGAUUACUGGGGGAUUGACGAGAUCUACCUGGAGUCCUGCUGCCAAGCCAGGUAUCAUCAGAAGAAGGAGCAGAUGAACGAAGAACUGAGGCGGGAGGCCGAGACCAUGCGAGAGCGGGAGGGAGAAGAGUUUGAUAACACCUGCUGCCCGGAGAAGCGGAAGAAGCUCUGGGACUUGCUGGAGAAACCCAACUCAUCAGUGGCUGCAAAGAUCUUGGCCAUCGUGUCUAUCCUGUUCAUCGUACUCUCCACCAUCGCUCUGUCUCUCAACACUCUACCAGAGCUGCAGGCAACAGACGAGUUUGGCCAACCCAACGACAACCCCCAGUUAGCCCACGUGGAGGCUGUGUGCAUUGCUUGGUUUACCAUGGAGUACCUUCUCCGCUUCCUGUCCUCACCAAACAAGUGGAAGUUCUUCAAAGGCCCCCUAAAUGUCAUAGACUUGCUGGCCAUCUUGCCAUAUUACGUCACCAUCUUCCUCACAGAGUCCAACAAGAGCGUGCUGCAGUUCCAGAACGUGAGGCGCGUGGUUCAGAUCUUUCGGAUCAUGAGGAUCCUCAGGAUCCUGAAACUCGCCAGGCAUUCCACAGGCCUGCAGUCCCUGGGGUUCACCCUCAGACGGAGCUACAACGAAUUGGGCUUACUGAUCUUAUUUUUGGCCAUGGGGAUAAUGAUAUUUUCCAGCCUGGUAUUUUUUGCAGAGAAGGAUGAAGACGCUACCAAGUUCACCAGUAUCCCAGCGUCGUUUUGGUGGGCCACCAUCACCAUGACCACCGUGGGCUAUGGUGACAUUUACCCGAAAACACUAUUAGGGAAAAUCGUGGGAGGCCUCUGCUGUAUUGCCGGGGUUCUGGUUAUUGCCCUUCCCAUCCCAAUCAUUGUGAACAAUUUUUCUGAGUUUUACAAGGAGCAGAAACGCCAGGAGAAGGCAAUUAAAAGGAGAGAAGCUCUUGAGCGGGCCAAGAGGAACGGAAGCAUUGUUUCCAUGAACCUAAAAGAUGCCUUUGCUCGCAGCAUGGAACUGAUAGAUGUGGCCGUGGAGAAGGCAGGAGAGUCCGCCAGUACUAAGGACUCCGCUGAUGAUAAUCACCUGUCCCCAAGCCGGUGGAAGUGGGCCAGGAAAGCUCUGUCGGAAACAAGCUCCAACAAAUCUUUCGAGAAUAAGUACCAGGAGGUUAGCCAGAAAGACUCCCACGACCAGCUGAACAACACUUCUUCCUCCAGCCCGCAGCAUCUGAGUGCCCAGAAACUGGAGAUGCUGUACAACGAGAUCACCAAGACGCAGCCUCACGCCCACCCCAACCCGGACUGCCAGGAGCAGCCCGAGAGGCCCUCUGCAUACGAGGAGGAGAUCGAGAUGGAAGUAGUGGUGUGCCCGCAGGAGCAGCUGGCCGUGGCGCAGACCGAGGUCAUCGUGGACAUGAAGAGCACCUCCAGCAUUGACAGCUUCACCAGCUGCGCCACCGACUUCACAGAGACCGAGAGGUCGCCGCUGCCGCCGCUGUCCGCCUCCCACUUGCAGAUGAAGUUCCCACCCGACCUUCCGGGGACGGAAGAGCACCAAAGAAUCAGGGGGCCCCCAUUUCUAACACUGAGCAGAGAGAAAGGGCCCGGGGCCAGGGAUGCCAUCCUGGAAUACGCUCCAGUCGACAUCACUGUGAGCCUUGAUGCCAGCGCUUCCCAAAGUGGGCUCCACGGCCCUUUGGCGUCGGACGGUACCUCCGAGAGCCCUAAAAGUUCGCUGAAAGGCAGCAACCCCCUAAAAUCCAGAUCGCUCAAAGUGAACUUUAAGGAAAACAGAGGCGGUGCCCCGCAGACCCCGCCCAGCACAGCCAGGCCACUGCCGGUCACCACGGCUGACUUUCCCCUCACCACCCCGCAGGUCAUCAGCACCAUCCUCCUCGAAGAAACCUCCUCCCAGGGAGACAGACCCUUGCUGGGCGCCGAGGUGUCCGCACACUGUCAGGGACCUUCCAAAGGGCUGACCCCUCGGUUUCCCAAGCAGAAACUCUUUCCUUUCUCGUCAAGAGAGAGGAGGAGCUUCACCGAAAUAGACACUGGCGAAGACGAUGACUUCUUAGAGCUCCAGGGGCCCAGGCAGGACAAGCAGGCCGGCUCCAGCCCCAACUGCUUUGCAGAUAAACCUAGUGAUGGAAGAGACCCUUUGAGAGAAGAGGCCUGUGUGGGCUCUUCCUCCCCCCAGGACACAAGUCACAACUGUAGGCAAGACAUUUACCAUGCUGUGGCGGAAGUAAAAAAGGACAAUAAUAGUCAAGAAGGGUGCAAGAUGGAAAACCACUUGUUUGCCCCAGAAAUUCAUUCCAACCCGGGAGACACAGGUUAUUGUCCCACACGUGAAACCAGCAUGUGACUAGUUACAAAAGCAAUAAUAAUAAUAAUAAUAAUAAUAAUAAUAAAAACUUGUUUCUUAAAAAUGCGGUAAUAAUGCCUGUGAACUAAAAACAUGGGAAGCCCCCUCCCACAAAAAAAAAGUGCAUAAAAUGUUAUUUUUGCAUGGCAUGAACAGUUUAGUUUAAGUACUGUUAAAAUAAACAGUCAAGACUGCAUUUUGUAAUGAACAGAAAUGACUGAGGAACAGUGAACAAAUAAAGAGAGCUCUAUUAUAGGAACCAG